AUGGAAAAGUGGGAAAAUAAAGUUGUUUUAGUGACGGGAGCUUCGCAAGGAUUGGGGAAAUGUAUCGCUCAGACUUUGGCUAAUAACGGAAUGAUUGUUGUGGCCUGUGCUAGAAGCAUGGAUAAAUUACAGGAGUUGGUUAAGAAUUGUAAACACAAACCUGGCGAGGGUGGUUAUAUAGACGUGGUAAGAUGCGAUAUGUCCAAGGUGGAUGACAUUCUCAAACUGUUUAAGUACAUAGAGCAAAAGUACAAAACACUGCACGCAUGUGUCAAUAAUGCUGGAUUAGGUGCCCCCGACUAUUUCCUGCCUACCCAAAGCAACGGGAAAUAUGAUGGAGAGAGUGAAGAGAAGGAAAAGGGCAAGAUAUACGAAGGCUGGAAACAUCUCUUAGAGGUUAACGUUUUGGGUCUAGCCAUUUGCUCUAAGGAGGCAAUAAAUUUGAUGGCCAAAUCAGGCGUAAAGGAUGGACUGAUAGUUAACGUGAGUAGCAUAGUAGGACAGCAGGUCUAUUUGAUAAAAUUCGAUGAUAAGUCAAGCUUUUACAGUCAUAUGUAUAUAGCCUCUAAACACGCCGUUACAGCUCUCACUCAAUGCUUGAGACUAGAGGUACAGCAACAUCCCUACGCCAACGCUACACGAAUAGUGACCCUCUACCCCGGCGUUGUAAAAACCGAAUUUAUAGAUAAUACCCAUAAUGAAGGCAAAAGUUUCUACGAAAAAUAUAGUUUCUUAACUCCGGAGGAUGUAUGCGACGCGAUGUUGGCCGCGUUUAGAUGCAAUAAUACUGUGCAAAUAGAUGGGAUAACGAUAAACCCGGUCCGCACUCCUGGAAAAUCAUUUUAA